UAGCUGUCUCUUCCAAUCAUUCCGCCUUCGAUGCAACGACUUCUUCAGUCACUUCUCAGUCCACCAGCGGUGUUAUUCAGCACACUGAAUGCUGUUUGUGUAAUUCACCAGGAGACAGGAUUGUCUUCCUGACUCACUAAACUUGGAGCCUGCACAUUAUCAGUCGGAGUGUGUGGGAGCAUCAUGUGGAGGAAGGCUUCAGCAGCGGCCCUGCUGGCGUUAGCUGUUGGCUACUUCUACCACGGCAGCCCGGACCUGCCGGAACAGAUCCUGCAGUACAUCGGCCUGCCAAACUUUCAGCCGUCGUCUCAGAGUCAGAACAGCCUGGAGCAGGUGAUCUCCAGCGCCUGGGAGACUCUGAUAGUUCUGCCGACCCGCCAGUGGAGCAAAGUGGCAGUAGGGGUGAAUGCCUGUGUGGACGUGGUCGUCUCAGGAGUGGGACUGCUGCAGGCUAUGGCGGUGGAUCCGGGUGCCGGCCUGGAUCACGAGGUGCUGCACUCCAAAGAGGACUUGAAGGAAGCCUUCAUCCAUUACAUGGAGCGCGGGGCCGCUGCCGAGCGCUUCUUCAGCGACCACGAGGCCUUUCAGAGGAUCGCGCGCGCAGCAGCAGAGUACCCCGGUGCGAAGCUGUAUGUGGGAGGGAAUGCUGCUCUCAUUGGUCAGAAGCUCGCCACCUACCCUGAUCUAAUGGUCUUGUUAUGUGGGCCGGUUGGUCCUAAACUUCACGAGAUGCUGGAUGAGCAGAUUGUCGUUCCCCCGGACUCUCUGCAGGAGACGGACGAAUUUCACCUCAUCCUGGAGUAUAAAGCGGGUGAACAGUGGGGUUCAACUCAGGCACCUCAAGCCAACCGCUUCAUCUUCUCUCACGACGUGUCCAAUGGGGAGAUGAGCUCCCUGGAGACGUUCGUGGCGAGCCUGGACGAGUUCGAGCCCGACCUGGUCGUCCUGUCGGGGCUCCACAUGAUGGAGGGUCAGGGCAGAGAGCUGUGGGAGGAGAGACUGAAGGAGGCCGUGUUAGCCAUAUCUGACAUUCGUCACGAUAUUCCCAUCCACUUGGAGCUGGCGAGCAUGACGGACAAAGACUACAUGAACAGCAUCAUGCAGGAGCAGGUUAUGCCCAUUGUCAACUCCAUUGGGCUGAACGAGCAGGAGCUGCUCUUCCUCUCUCAGGCUGGUGAGGGGCCUCACUCACACCUGGAUGCCUGGAAAGGCAUUCCGGACGUGGGCCGGGUCAGCGACAUCCUCCUCUGGAUCCUGGAGCAGCACGGCCGCAGCGAGCCGUCGUCCGAAGCCGACCUGACUCGCAUUCACUUCCACACGCUGGCCUACCACAUCCUGGCUACGGUGGAUGGAUAUUGGGGGAACCAGGCGGCGGCGGUGAUGGCUGGAGCGCGCGUGGCCAGCAGUCAGGCCUGCGGCCUCCAGUUGGUUGACGCCGGCAAAGUGGAGCUCAAGGCCCCGCUGGAGUUUCACAGCUCGCACGCCGAGCCACGAGAGAAGCUGUUGCUGAACCCCGCAGAGCCCGUCACCAUGUGGCGCCGAGGAAACGUCACCUUCCACCUGACCGUCGUGCUGGUCUGCAAACAGCCUCUCCGGACAGUGGGGCUCGGGGACGCCAUCUCAGCAGAGGGACUAGUGUACUCCGAGAUAAAGACCCAGCAGCCCUUCUAAAGGGUUCGCUUGAAUCGGACAUUCCGUUUGUGUGGAAGGCUGCGGUUGUUGGGUUUGGAGUUCUAUACUUGUUCGGGCCUGCGUGCCCUGAACCAGUUUCUGUGUCUUCCUUCCCGAAGCUCCAAACUGAGUUUAAGAAUGUGAAUCGUAGGCGAUAGUUUUAGAUCCUGCCCGGUAACUCCUCCAGCCGGCUCCGGUCUCCUCGGUUCUCCCUCCUCGAGUCCUCCAGCAGACACAGAAACUGAGGCAGAACUUGACAUGUGACCGGGCUGCGAGGCGGCCUGACUCUAUGCACCGGCCGCAGCUCAAAGCCAUCUCCACAAACUCCAAAGAGUUUUGUUGGCUCACCUAAUUUACUUCGACCUGCAUAUCUUAAGUAUGCUGUGCCUUGGGAAAAUACAAGAAUCUAAAAGUUAUAAUAGUUUAUUCAUAUUUCAGAGCCAACCAAACUUAAAACUCAGCGUUACAUCAUACAUUUCUGAGAUAGACAUGAAUUCACACACAUUCUGUUUGACUGGAAACUGAUGAGCGUCUUCCUAUAUUUUGAAUGUAAGUGGUAUUUUUGAUGUUCUGUGUAUCUUCAACUUUUUUGGUGGCAUUCACGGCAGAGUCACGAGUCACUAGACCACUUGAAAGCUCGAGCUCUGUACGAGUAAAAACUGUUAACUCGAUAUACUUGACAUUUUUGUUAUUUGUCCCGAGAGGAUAAAAGUGUGACGAAGUUUGUGUUUUCUCAGCUUUUGGCCUAAGCACUCCCGCUCUAAAGAUGUUUGUAAACUUGUAAUCUCUGUUGCGUAUAAGUCACUGAUGCAGCGUCCGUAAAAACAGUUUUUUGUCAAAUGUUGAAAUUCUACACUUAUAAAUGCAAACCUGGUUUUGAAGGGGAUCUUUCUUUAUGCAGCUAAGCAGAGUUUACAGUCGGGUCGGGUGAUUAACGUAAAAGUUUUGUCAUUAAAGUAAGUUUCAGGUAAAAUAUAAUUUGUAAAUGCGCCAUAUGUUAUCUGGGUUACGGUACUAGUUUCUUUGUUUACUCUUCCGUUGUACUUUCUUUUCAGUUGUCGCUUUUGCUCACUUAUAAAAUGUGACUAUGUAAACUGAUUGGCUGGAAACUCCAGGGAAAGCUUCCUAGCUCUUGUGUAUGGGUACAUUUUGCGUUUGUUGUUUGUUAUUUUCUGAGCUGACUUGGGAACGCUAUAUACAGUACGUAGCUGUCAGAACAAUGUGUUUGUAUACCUCACACGGCCACUGAAGGCCUGCAAUAAUGGAGUCUUAAUGCAACAAAACAAUGUCUGUCAUUUUGUUGAGCAGAAUAAAUUCUUUGCACUAGUACAAAGUGGCAGGUGUGCCUGCAAAGGUGAAUGUAACCUCCGAAGCCCCCCCUUUAUCUUUAGCAAGUACAAUCUAUUCAUCUGAUAGUUUGUCUCAUGUUUUUUAACAGUUGUAACUGUCGACCCAUUUCAUUUACUUGUAGUUUGUCAUUAAAAUAUGUACAGAGAGUAGAAGCUUUUUAUUGUGGCGCUGCAGAUCAGGGGUGUCGUUAGGCCUAUUUUAGGGGGGCUAAAGCCCUCCUAAAAUGUUCUUCAGCCC